AUGGCGCCGACAAGAUCGCUGCUGCAUUACGUGUGCGGCCUCGUCCUCCUCGCCUGCUGCGCCCAGGCGCUCAGGUUCGACCUGCAGGCCACAAGUCCCCACGAGGGCAGGAAGGAACGAUGCAUUCGUAACUUUGUCGGCCGGGAUACCCUCGUUGUCGUUACGGCCAUUGUGGACGGUCACAAGGGUGACGGUAUGACGGUCAACAUGCACAUCAAGGACGCUGUUGGCAACGACUACGGCAAGCCCAGAGACAUCGCUGGCGGCGAGAAGCGCAUUGUCUUCACGUCUCACGCUGAUGCGGCCUUCGACGUCUGCUUCGAGAAUAUCCUGUCUGGCUCCGGGCGUGGUGGUUCCAUGAGCCGCCACAUCGAGCUCGACAUCGACAUUGGUGCCGACGCCAAGGACUGGAACGCCAUCCAGGCGACGGAGAAGCUCAAGCCCGUGGAGGCGGAGCUGCGGCGUAUUGAUGAGCUUGUCAGUGAGAUCAACAGCGAAAUGGACUACCUGCGCGCGCGCGAGCACAAGCUGCGCGACACCAACGAGAGCACCAACACCCGCGUCAAGUGGUUCGGCAUCGGCACGACGUUGACACUCGUCGGCCUGUGGGCUUGGCAGAUCAUGUAUCUGCGGGCGUACUUCAGAUCCAAGCACCUUAUUUAG